GAAAAUUUCAGUCGACUACAGUAACUCGACCAGGCUAGUUGGAAACGGAAAAAGCUCCAGUAGCAGUUAGAAAUAGCCUUACAUAAUGGUGAACUGAAGUGAAAAAGAGGAGUGUUCUUGUUCAGAGUUUGUGAAAAAAGUGGUUGCGAAAAUCAAUCCAGUGAUAUCGAACGGAUUAAAUCGUUACGAAUAAGUGACAAGUGUGUUUUCUUGCGCGUUAUCGUGUACAAUCUAUUUAAAAAGGGGAAUUAAUGUGUGAUGAAAUUAUUUCACAAUCCAGAAACUGAUGACAUGCGGAUGGCAGCGGCUGGAUUGCGUGUUAAUUACCACCCACAGUCAACGGAGCGCAUUGCAGAAUAUUAAGGCCAGCGAUACGCUACAACCCGACGCCCACACACUUUCCGACGUCACUAGACUGUGUCGUAAACGAGCGCAGCAUGGAAUGGAUUUCCUGUACACAUAGAUACUGCUAGGAGAUCCCGUGGGUGACACAAUCAACUUCCAGUUAAACACAGGAACUUAUAUCUAUACAACUCGCACGUCUGUUAAUUGACUCGAUUGCCGCGGAUAUUCCGAAAGGGUGAAAAACAGAGAAACAGUCAAUCAAAUGGCCGAACAACAGCAACGUGAUUCACUGUGCCCUCGGUUGAUUGACUAUCUGGCGAUAGUGGGCGCACGGUCGGCGGUCGUGACACGGCCUGGUAACACAUCGGGAGCCACCGGAAACGCUCCGGGACUGCCAGGGGCAGGACCAAAUGCUCCUCCACCAGUGCAGAUCCCGGAGCUGCUGCGUCGCUACCCUCCCACGGACCAUGCCGACUUUCCACUCCCGCUGGAUAUGGUGUAUUUCUGUCAGCCGGAGGGAUGCGUCAGUGUUUGCCAACGACGGACAGGAGCGGCCAUACGCGACGCCACCUCGUUUGUAUUUGCCCUGACCGAUAAGGACUCGAGCAAAACUAGAUAUGGAAUUUGUGUGAACUUCUAUCGUCCAGUUGAGAAGUACGUUCCAGGCGUUACAAAUGCGGGUAACAUUGCCGGCAACCGGAAGACUCGGAAUUCAACCUUUAGGCGGGAAUCUUGGCGGAAGAGUAUGGAGAAAAGUUCGGAUUCGGCUUUUUCAAGUGAUUAUAGGAGCAGCAAUGUAGCACCCAGUGAUUCAUCGGACCGUGACUGCCCCAGCAGGCGAGACUCGGAUCCUCCCAACACGGCGUACCACGGAGGAAUUCAACAGCAGACACGACUUGGAGUGACCGGUCCCUCGGCUGAUUCAGAAUCCGGUGGAAGUCACUCCCCAUCACCGCGGGCAUCUCGGAAGCGCUUCAAAAUACGAAGUCACUCGUUGACCUCGUUGUGUAUCCUAUCGCAUCACCCCUUCCUAUCGACCUUUCGGGAGUGUUUGUUCAUCUUGAAGAAGCUGAUCGAUGCGUGUAAUGACGCUUCAAGUCCGAAACGUGUUGGAGUUUCUCGCCAAAACGGACGAGAUAGCGUGUGGAAUGUUCUGACGAGUCAGGUAACAGAAUCAACGCCACCCCUUGUUCUACAUGACGUGAAGGAGAUCGAAACUUGGAUAUUGAGGUUGCUCUCGGCGCCGGUACCAGUGCCGGGAUCUACCAGAGUGGAGGUUGAAGUACUUUCGCCACUGAUUCAACAACCUUUGAUGUUCGCUUUGCCUGACCAUACGCGCUUCUCGUUAGUGGACUUCCCAUUGCAUCUGCCAUUGGAACUACUGGGUGUUGAAACAUGUCUAAAGGUGUUAACGUUGAUACUUCUCGAACACAAAGUCAUCAUUCAAUCGAGGGACUACAAUGCCCUGUCGAUGUCGGUUAUGGCUUUGGUUAAUCUAAUAUAUCCGCUGGAAUAUAUGUUCCCCGUGAUUCCGUUGCUGCCGACUUGUAUGGGAAGCGCCGAGCAGCUGUUGUUGGCCCCGACUCCCUAUAUCAUUGGUCUACCGGCGACUUUCUUGAUGUAUAAGAAAAAUUUCAGGCUUCCGGAUGACAUUUGGCUGGUAGAUUUGGAUACAAAUAGACUGACACCGGCAUCAGGAGAAGCCGAACUGAUACCACCACUCCCGGAACCGGAAGGGACCAUACUCAAGAACCACUUGAAACAGGCCAUGCAACUGUUGGAUCAGGCAGGAUGUGGCACCCUGAGUUCCAUGGCGUCCAACAAUCAGCCUCCAUUGCCGCUAUCGGGGCAUACAAGUCAACCAGGAUCGAACCGAGAAAGCUUUAGUGGACCAAAUAUUCCUAAUCAAACCUCCACACAACCUCUUCAAGUGCCAGGAUCAGGAAGCAAUAGUCAGCGGAGCUCGUUCUCUGGCGCAGUGGAAACGCCCCGCCAUCCGAGCCCCGUCGGACCACCACCGCAGAAUCCAUUCCUCUACGGAACGGACGUCGAUUCGGUGGACAUAGCAACACGCGUCGCAAUGGUGCGCUUCUUCAAUUCGCAGAACACGCUAGCGAACUUCUCGGAGCACACGCGAACCCUGCGGCUGUAUCCCAGACCCGUGGUGGCGUUCCAAAUAAAUAGUUUCUUACGUUCGCGUCCACGUGCUUCCGCGUUCUUGAACCGUUUUGCCCGAACCCAGGCGGUUGAGUGGCUGGCGGAAUGGUCCCUAACUCCAACCAAUGUUGCAUUCCUACGGGUCCAAACGGGAGUAUUGGAUCCGGCGCAAGUUGGCGACAAAUCGAAAUGGUACGCGCACACGUUGACACCUAUAAAAUUCCCGGUUUGGGACGAUAACAGCUCCCUGAACGGAGCCUUGAAGGGGAUGAAACAGGUGGACAGUCAGCCGACCGAUGAAAGUGGUUCGGAUUCGGAAGGUGCUGGGAGCACCAGUUCGUCGUACUCUUCGCUGAGCGAUUUCGUAUCGGAGAUGGUCUCGUCGGAUCUCUCGCCCAGUCUACACGAUGUCUACGGCAAUCAACACCAUGUGCAUGUGGCGCCAAAAACUUUGUCCUCGAACCUAGAUCCUAAGCUGGUAUACCGACCGCCGAGUUCGCUGCGCUAUCCAGAGGGCAUGAAACCACCCCAACCAGAGGUCGAUGAUGCCGACCGACCGGAUUCCCCUGCGUCAACCUCAUCCAGCCGAUCGGAUCUCAGCAGUCCAAGCUUCAAUCGAGAUUCGGAAUUCGAGUUCAAUCCUAAGGCGCGCAACGAAGCGCAGAUGAACGCUCCGAAACCUGCCGUCGAACAGGGUAGCUUCGAGAACGAGUCGGACUCAAACUCUACGACCACUCCGAAAACUAUUGUUUCGAAGGAAAGUGGGGCCUCGCUUGAUGUGGAAGGAAGGAAAAAUAGACUGGGGAAAAUCCCACCGCCACUUUCACCCAAUCUCGGCCGACAGCAGAGUGGAAGCAACAUCCUCGCCAGAACUUCCAGCUCUGGUUCAACUGGUUCUAGCAGUCAUCCUCCCUCGUUGGGUUCGGCCGGUUCGCAGCGGCAGAGUUCGCAAGGCUCCCUGUUUGAAGUACUGACUUCGCAGGCGAAGGAUUUGGUUCGGGAAACGGCGAGACAAAGCAGCCAGGAUGGUUUACUCGCCCAUGUGGAUAAGUUGAAGGGACAGGCCAAGGAGUUGAAGGAGCAUGCCGAGGAAGAGAUGAAAAUCCUCGCUCCUCUGGAACAGUUGACGCUUCAGGCCAAGAAGGCCGCUGAAGAAGCAUCAAAGCAGGCACUGGAGGCAUCCAAGCAGGCUGCGGGUGUUAGCAAGAACACGUUCGAUGACCUUACAUACGUUGGCAAGUCUACGCUUGGUGACUUGACGAAAACGGCAAAGGAGGCUGCUGCCAAAAAGGGUCUGCUACAUCAGGGUGGUCAACAGAACCUACAGAGCCCCCAGAAUAUGUCUCCAUCGGGUGGAAGUACCGUGGCUACUACAAAUCAAUCGCUGUUUUCGUCAAUCACGAGCGACUUCAACGGAAUUGCUCAAUCAACAUCGAGCAUGUUUUCCGACUUGUUUGGGAACAAGCAGAGCAAACAGGCGGGGCAGCAGCAACUCCGUUCGGCGGGUGGCAAUCUGCAGUCGAAUCAAUCGCAAACACAAACCAAAAUCAAGGAUAAGCUAUCGUUCGACUCAUUCCCCGGUCGGAAGGGGUUGGUGGAGCGAACGCCACUCAUCAAACACACAGGGCCGAAGCAAACACAGGAGGAAUUACAACGACAACAGAACGCGGAGCGUUCUUCCAGCAACUCGGAGAAUCAAACAUUCCUGAAGGACCUGGUCAACCAAGUACUCGCGGGCGAGGGCGUCGGUUGGCUUAAGCUGAAUCGCUUGAAGAAAUUGAUGGAGGAUGAAUCCUACCGGAUGCUUGUGCUGGGGAAGCUGAACAGGACGCUCGAUCGGAAGAUAGGACCGGACGACCACAUCGAUGACGUGUGUAUUUCUAAGGCGGUAUACAAAGGUACCCUCAAGUGUUUGCUGGCAAUAACACAUGGGCUUGAGAAUACAGUCGCCAAUUUUGGUCUCGGUGGAAUGGCGUCCGUAUUUCAGAUGAUGGAAAUUGCUCAUACACACUUUUGGAGUAAGGAUCUAUCGGACAAUACGACCGACAUGCCCACGAGUCUUAUGUCCAGUAGGUCGGUCAGUCCUAUGGGCAGCAGAGAAAACUUGCGAUCACCUCAGAGUCCGGCUGAGCCGACUGAAUGGAGCCCGGCGCCUGGUGGGCGUAAAAACUCGGGCGUACUGAACGAACCUGUGAUAUCUCGACGACCCUCGGAAAAUGAGAACGAAAACCAAUCGACGACGGAGAUGUUCAAGGACAUGUUGACACAGAAGCGCAAUAUGCUGCUGAGCAAGUUGACAUCAUACGAUUCUGAGCCUGGUGGUGCGGCCCAUGGAUCUUCGGGUGCGCUGUCUGUAUCCAGUGAUGUACUACCGCAGCAACAAUCUGGUGGGUCACUAAUCCCAUCGAUCUCAUGUCGUUCGACCGUUUCUGACACGGAGUAUGAGAGACAUCCGAAGGGAACGUCAACACUGAAGGACGCAAAGAAAAUGGCCGGCGGCCUUUUCUCAGGCAAAUCAUCACUGAGCGCUGGAUUCCGCUACACCGGGGGUAACCUGAUUCCGACUUCCAAUUCACCCUCACCGGAUGCACCCCGAGUUUAUCUGUUCGAGGGGCUAGUGGGUCGAGAGCGUUCGACGGUAUGGGACACAAUGCAGUUCUGGGAGGAUGCUUUCUUGGACGCGGUAAGCCAGGAACGGGACAUGAUCGGGAUGGAUCAAGGCCCCGGAGAGAUGAUGGAAAGGUACAAGUCCCUAUCCGAUUCGGAGAGGAAACGUUUGGAGCAUGACGAGGAUCGUCUGCUGUCCACAAUGCUGUACAAUCUGACCGCGAUACUAGUCAUGUUGAACUGUAACAAGCUGGAGAUUAAACGGAAGAUUCGCCGUUUGCUCGGCAAGAGUCAUAUUGGGUUUAUCUACGCACAGGAAGUGAACCUGCUUCUGGAUCAGAUAAACAAUCUGCACGGUAACGAUAUUGACCUGAAACCCCUCGGAUCGAGGCUCUUGCACAGGCAGAGCUUCACGGUCCAUCAGGGAGUGGAUGCAACUGGUCCCCUGCGAUUCAUGGAAGUACGGGAUGAUGGACUUGUUCUGAGGUCCGUCAACGGGACAAUCGUUGAACGAUGGUGGUUUGAGCGACUGGUCAAUAUGACAUACUCGCCGAAAACUCGAGCACUUUGUUUGUGGCGACGAAACGGUGGUCAAACGCAGCUUCACAAGUACUAUACCAGGAAGUGCAAAGAGUUAUACGGAGCAAUCAAAGAGGCGAUGGAGCGAGGAGGUUGUACCGGACAGGGACCGGAACUGGGCGGUGAGUUUCCGGUGCAAGACAUGAACACCGGCGAGGGAGGAUUAAUGCAGAUCUGCUUGGAGGGUGUUGGGCUACUGUUUGCUAACAGCAAGGACUUUGAGUUUUUCAUCCGAUUGGAGCACAUUAGGAAAUGUUUCACCCAAAAGGGGGGAGUCUUCAUACUGGAAGAAUACAAUCCCAAGACGCGUCAACUGGUGCAGAGGAAGUUUAUGUCAAAUUUGGCCGACGACAUAUGCUAUUCGGUUUUGUGUGUUUUCUCGUACGUUGCUGCCGGGCAGGAAUGGCAGAAGAAGUAUCCCGCCAUCUCGAUAGCGGGUACGACAACGUUAGCCACUCAACAAGUGCCACCGAUGACGACAACUGUGGCCCAACAGCAGCAGCACGUAUUACACCAGUCACCCCCGGCGGCAAGAACUGCCUCACAACCUGUCCAACCGCCAGCUCAGAGCAUUCCUAAGGUUCAACAAACACAUCUGCCCCCGCAAACCUCUCCCAAGCUUCAAACAAUCAUCAGUAAACCAAUUCCUCAGCAACAACAGCAGCAAUCACAAUCACAACAAUCAAUACAACGUACGCCACAAACCCACAAACAGGUAUCGAAUGACAAUGACGCUCCACCUAGUUUCUCCCCGCAAGCGAAACAGCCUCCAACUCUUCCGGCUCGACCGAGUUUGUCGUCUUCAACCUCGUCCGGUUCCUCGUCGGAACCUCCAAAAAUGAAAGCCCCCGUAUUACCAGCAUCUUCAGUAGCAUCUUCGGUCAGCGCAGGCCGCUUACCACAGCAAACCUCGCUUCCCAAUAGGGGGCCUCCGCCCGCUAUUCCACCCAGAAUCGGACUCGGGCAGCGGUCCGGCUCCGUACAAAUACCUUCCAGCUCCGCUGGCAGUGGCCAGAUGCGCCAGCUUAAGCGACAAACAUCGGCAGCAUCGCCGCCGAACCAGUCGCCACCCCAAGGGUCAGGCUUUUCUCACAAUCCCCUGUCACAAAGACAAAAUUCCAAAGGAAUGAUAAAUAUUUUUCGGAAGAAUUAGAUACGAGUGAGUCUCAGUAGGGAAAAAGGGAACGUGUGUAGGUGAAAAAUGACGAGAGCCUCGCUGUUGCAGAAAUGGUGGUGAGUUUGGAUUGAUUUUCGAGUUAUGAAUCCCACUCUUAAAUGUGUUGAGCUACGGUUGAGCAAAGUGCAUAUUGCUUAGAAUUGAUAAAAAAAUCUUAUUUUAUAAUACAAGUGCAAUGUUUUUAUCGUACAGUAUGCAACAACGACAUUCGCAUUUCAGAAUAGGUUAAUUUAUGGCCGAAAUUUGUUUACAAUGACAACUUUGUGACGCACCCAUUGUUGGGGUGCAAAACCCAAAACUUAGUUCCACUUUUUUAUUUGUUUAAUAAUCUUUCGAAAAAACUGCACAACAUACACAUCAUGAUUUAUAUUUACUAACAUUUCUGACGAUAACUCAGAGUCAAGGAUCCCAUGCGAUUUCGCCAAACGUCUUCACACAUUACUACAGAAUGGUUUUACCUCGUGUAAGAGACAAUACAUAUUUUAACCAACUUCUGAAAAAGGUUGCCAGUGUGUUAAACUCUUCAGAUCGUCUAGCACAGUUAUUUUCAACCGGAGGGGAAUCCCCCCCUAGGGGGGAAUUUGGUCAUUAAAAGGUCGGACUUGUGCACGGGAAUAUUGCACAAUUACUUCGCCUUGAAUAGUGAUAAUGAUUAGUAAAAAGUGCUACAAAAACAUUAUUGGAUACGCGAAAAUUUACGAUCCUCGGCAAACAUCUCCAAAUAUAAAACGUAAUGUUCAAUUUAACAACUUCGCAAUGUUUGAAAGACUUUCGUCAGUGAAUGAUGAUGGAACAGACGAUGAAACAGUACAGAAGACCAUAAAAAAGGAAAUUAUUACAGCAUUUGUCAAUACUUUUUACAACAAGUUAAACUUGAAACAAAAAACGAGAUUUGGACAUGGGAACAAAUCACCGUAACAGAGUGGAUAUCAAAGAUGUGCUUUUCGACAACGUUCUCAAGAAUGACGAUUUUGGUGGACUGACUUGCCAAACUUUAUAUGCCUUUUUUUGUAAUCAGAUACAAAUAUAAACUUUGUAACUAUGAAAAAAUGUUUGUGUUAGUAAGCUCUAAAAGUCUUUCGGAGACAGUUUGCAUGUCAAAUUUGAAAUAUAAAAGUUAGAGCAAAAAAAAGUUUUUUUCACGGUGACCCUAACGUAAUUUAGACAGAAGGCGCUAUUUUGGUUAUUUCAAGAGAUAGAGAAAAACUUUGUUCUACAAAGAUGUCUCAAAUAAUUGGAACUACAACAUUGCCAAACUAUUUUUACCUCUAUCUUUAAAGAUAAGAAAGUUAGAUUUUUUAUUUCAUCAACAAUUUUGGUCACCCUAUUUUUGACAACAUAAAAACGAGCGCUCUUUCAUGAGUAACAACUUUGUCUAAGACAGUUUUUGUCUAGAGAUAAACGUCAAGCUCUAAAUGCUAAUUUCCACUUAACAACUUCGUCGCCCAGAGCGAUUUGGUCGAGUUUCUUGCGGGGCCCAAAUGCAACUGUCGGUGCGCUAGAGAAAUAUGCGGGCAACGAUAAUAAUGAAUUCAGGUUCGAUUCAGGACUACUUUUAUGUUGAAUCCGAAUGAAAUCAACCGACCGCUGAUUAGAAAACUUAUAAAGAUAAGUUUUCAGUCAAUUAUACAGUGUUGGAAAUGAUAAUAAAAAAUGAAAUUCAACCGAACGUACUUGCUUUAUAUACUAUAUUCGAUGGCGACGAAUAACUACAAUUUUAUUGGAUAACUAGCCGACCCGGCAAACUUCGUCCCGCCAAAAUUUGGUUUUUUGUUAUCAAUACCUUGAAACAUUCACUUUUUCUUAUUAUGAGCAAAUUCAUGGGUCCAAUCGCAGAACUGUUCAUUAAUUGAUCUUCUAUUCGUCUCCGUUGAAUUUACUUUUUACUAUAAAAUUACUAGUAUUUCUACCAAAAUAUCAAAUUAUUUUCAGACACAAUUCUCGUUUAAGAUUUUUCAACCACUUGUAAAUAACAUGAUUCUCCGUUACAUGCAAUAAAUGUUUUAUACAGAAAAUAUGAUAGAAUAAAGACAGUCCUAAAUCGGACAAUUCCUUCCUCGAGUUCUGCUCUUAUCGACACAUCUGGCGAUCCUUUUUUUGGUAUAGAUAGAAGGAAAUAUAGGAGUGCGUUACAUCACAUUAAAAUUCAUUUCCAGUUUCGAACAAAGAUCAAUUUCGCUAGCGCAAACAUCAAAUGCACUAACAGCACUUGUCACUAAAGGGUGUGUCACAUCAAAUUGCAUCACGGAAAAAACGCUGUAGAAAUUCGCCCAGUAGACCGAUCCUUUUGAAAAUUUUAGACAGUAAAAUAAAAACUAUUUUUAUUUUAUUGGCAUUUUCUUUUUAUUCAUACUUCGAGCCCAAGCCCGUAUGCUCGCACCUUCCUCUUUACCCCGUCCAUAAGGUUCUGUACAACGUCAGGUUGUAGUUUUUUUUUGAACAGAAAUUCAUUUUCUCUUGAAGUCCGCCUCCGAUUUGACAACUUUUGGGUUCUUCCGGAGGGCCUGCUUCAUAAUCGCCCAAUAUUUCUCUAUUGGGCGAAGCUCCGGCGCGUUGGGCGGGUUCAUUUCUUUUGGCACGAAGGUGACCCCGUUGGCUUCGUACCACUCCAACACGUCCUUUGAAUAGUGGCACGAAGCGAGAUCCGGCCAGAAGAUGGUCGGGCCCUCGUGCUGCUUCAAUAGUGUUAGUAAGCGCUUCUGUAGGCACUCCUUAAGGUAAACCUGCCCGUUUACCGUGCCGGUCAUCACGAAGGGGGCGCUCCGCUUUCAGCAAGAGCAGAUCGCUUGCCACACCAUGUACUUUUUGGCAAACUUGGAUAGUUUCUGCUUGCGAAUCUCCUCCGGAACGCUGAAUUUGUCCUCUGCGGAGAAGAACAACAGGCCCGGCAGCUGACGAAAGUCCGCUUUGACGUAGGUUUCGUCGUCCAUUACCAGGCAAUGCGGCUUCGUCAGCAUUUCGGUGUACAGCUUCCGGGCUCGCGUCUUCCCCACCAUGUUUUGCCUUUCGUCACGGUUAGGAGCCUUCUGAACCUUGUAUGUACGCAGGCCCUCCCGCUGCUUGGUCCGCUGGACGAAAGAACUUAAUAAAUUCAGCUUAUUGGCGACAUUCCGGACCGAACUUCUCGGAUCACGUCUAAACUGCUUAACUACGCGCUUGUGAUCUGUUUUCACUGACGGAGCAUCCAUUUUUGCCGUUCUUCACCUUCCGGUCGAUGGUUAGGUUCUCGAAGUAUCGUUUUAGUACUCUGCUGACCGUGGAUUGGACGAUUCCCAGCAUCUUAACGAUGUCCCGAUGUGACAACUCCGGAUUCUCGAAACGAGUGCACAGGAUUAAUUCACGACGCUCUUUUUCGUUCGACGACAUUUUUCCAAAUUUACGAAAAAUUGACAGUGAAGCAUGGCCAACGUGAUCUAUACACUCUUAUCUAAUUAUAAGCGAAAGCUGAAGAUAUAAUUCCUAAAAAUUAAAUUUCUACAUCGUUUUUUCCGUGAUGCAAUUUGAUGUGACACACCCUUUAUGUAAUUGUAGAACAAACGGGAAUUUAAUUUUAUUGAAUUUUCUCUUUUUCCUUCAGAGUUUUCCAAAAAUUUUCAAUUGUCAUGCUUGGCUGGAAUAUUUUUGGUUGAAAUAUGUGUAAUAUUUUUAUGGGAACCCCUCGCCAUUCCAGAGGAGGGAGAGGUGUCAUACCAUUAUAGAAAACUUUCUCGUGCCCAAAACUCUCACAUCCCAAAUUGUGCUUGAUUAACUUUCGAGUUAUGCAGAAAUUUGUGUUUCAUUUGUAUGACAGCCCACACUUAGAGAGGGUGUUUCAUUUGUAUGGCAGCCCAGUUUUAUAACGACAGCAGAGAUAAAGGCGGCCUCCAAAUUUCAGAUCAAUCGGUCAACAGGAAGGAGGUUAAAUUUCUAUAGAUGUGGGACAACCCUGCAGAUAAACAUACAAACAUAUUUAUAGUAGGUAAUGCUAAAUAAAACCGUUUAAAAGUAUAGUAUAAAAACUAUAUUUUUAUGUUUUUGAUUUUUGAUUAUUCUUCAUAACCCAUACUUACAUUUAAGUGCCCAUUCUAUUAAAUUCCGUUUGAAAAUCCUAUUCAAAUUGAACGAGAAAAGUGUCACCCACAUCUGGGUGACGGGGUCUCCCAGGAAAUACAUCCGUCACCCAGAUCUGGGUGUACCUCUAUUUAAUCUUCUACCUUCUCCAUGUGUGGAAUUUUCCAUUCCAUAUGGAAAAUUCUUACAUUAACAUUGGAAAAUCCUUGGUUGGAUUUCUCCUAUCUAUAGUAGGAAUCUUUCCCAUUAAAAUCAUAAAUUCUUAUUGAAACUUUUUCCUAAGGCACGCUUCGUCCGUAAAAAUUCUACCUUUGAAUCACACGAUUCGUACAAAGAAUCGUGCGUGUAAGAUUUAUUUCUAUGAUAGGGCUUGAAUUCGGGUAAACUGUAUUUGAGGUCACUGCACCCAUAACGAUUAAAUGGAUUUCCGAGUGUGCGCCAGCUUAUAUACGGAUUUGUGUGAUUUCAAUAGCCUAUUUUCAAAGCAAUUUUGAAGCUAUUGAAACAAGUUUUCGGGUCUAUAAUUAACAAUCAACAACUUUUCACAUUAACAAUAUUGAACAAUUUUGUCUUUCAAAUGAAAUAGUUAUCAUACCACUACGAUCAACAGGUAAAGAGGUACUAACGUUCAAAACCUUCCACUCCAAGCGUCACUCUAUCGUUUUCGACACUUUGAACUUACACUCCGGCACAGAAAUGAAAGACGUAGUCCUACGUCGAAAGGUUCAGGUUCGGAAAAAAGCACUAAUAACUGCUGAAAACCAUUGAAAUUCGGCUGAGGUUGAUCGCAAGGAAGUCCACAGAAUGGUUCUGGGCCAGUGAAUGGUGAGUUUGAGCCGUUCCUGGCAAGUUCAUCUGCUCGCUCGUUGUCCUCUAUACCGCAAUGGCCAGGAAUCCAGUGCAAUUGUACCGAACUUAUCUGACUAAAUUGCCGUAAAAGGGAAAUGCAUUCCCAGACAAUUUUUGAAGAGCAUUCGAAAGCAUUUAGAGCUUUAAGUGCCGCUUGACUGUCUGAGAAUAUGCAGAUGUUAGCAUGUCUAUAUAUUCUUUUGAGGAAAACAUUUAAACAUUUUAUUAUUGCAGUUAUUUCUGCCUGAAAAACUGUUGGACAGUUUCCCGUAGCCACAGAGAUUUUUGUUCUAGGACCGUACACUCCGGCACCUGUUCUUAUUCCCAUUUUUGACCCAUCAGUGUAGAACAUGAUUGAACCAUUACGAACGUUGGGGCCACCCACAUCCCAAACUGAACGAGAAUGUUCGAUCACUCUGUAUGGAAUGUCAUAGUUAGUCCUAGGUUCCAUCCAAUCACUGUUCAUCUCUGAGGCUGGUCCAAUGGGUAAGAGAUUCAGGAUGCUCAAGCUACCAGUUUUGUCCCCGUCUAGUAUUUUUUUUCCAUCUUUUAAGCUUUAGAGCGCUUUUUUUAGCCUCUAGCUGAACAUAUUGGUUCAAAGGUACCAGGUGAAGGAUAGCCUCCGAUGCCUUUGAAGGUGUACUUCGCAUUGCUCCAGUAAUGGCAACGCAUGCUAGUCGUUGGGGUUUGUUUAGCUUUUUUGUAGCUACAGUCUCCUUAGUCUUUGGCCACCAUACAAGUGAGGCAUAGGUUAUCCUAGGCCGCACAAUUCCAGUGUAGACCCACAUAACCAUUUUUGGUUGAGGGCCCCAUGUUCUUCCUAUCAUUUUAGAGCAUGCAAAUAGGGCUGAGUUGGCCUUGCUGAUUAUUGAAACUAAGUGCGCGUUCCAGUUUAGUUUGGCAUCAAAGAUAAUGUACAAUUUACAAUAACGUGUAUUUUUAGUGAAAUCGUAUUACUCUGCAACCGAAGCCUUAAUGAAACUUUGUCCUCUUAUGGUAAGAAUUUCAACAUUUCUCGUCGUCGAUUACUUCCUCUGGGGGUACGUGAAAGAUCGCCACAAAAUUUGGAGGAACUUAAAGAAGAAAUAACUCGGAUUUUCAACAGCAUCGAAGUCGUAACGUUGCAGUUGUGCAUGAAGAAUUUUGUUCACCGUUUAAAACGCGUUAUCGAAGAAAGGGGUGGUCACAUCGAAAAUUUCCUAAAAUAAGCUUUAUUUUCGUUUAAUCUGAAAGACCCUGUACAAUAUUAGUAUACAGGGAAACUUCGAUAUAACGCACCCUCGAUAUAACGUCAGUCGAUAUAACGUACACAUUUUCGUAGUUCAAAGGAAAAUUUUUUUGAAUAUUGUUUUUCUGAAAUAACAAUAAAUUAUUUGUAUUUUGAUACUAAAUCUUGAUUUGUAUUUUGAACCAAUUCCGAAGUACAACUGUUUUGUGAUUCCGGAUUCUAAAUGAAUCAAAUUUUAAUCAACAGUACGAAGGGAAACAUUUUGAGAAAAGUUGGCUUCGUCUUCUAGUUGAAAUUAUUCAUUGACCUUACUCAAACAGCAACACAAUAGUACUGUACUGCGAUAUAACGUACAAUUCGAUACAACGUGCAAUUUUGAAAGUAAAAUGUACGUUAUAUCGAAGUAUCGUUAUCCUUGCUAUGGUGGCUGAGAGCAGACAAACGAUCGCAAAAGGUCGAUUUGUUAAUGAGAGUGAUUUUUUAAGGCCCUCGUCAUCAUUUCGGUGAUUUAUCAAAACAUCAUGAAAUAUUUUAUGCACACACACGGAUGGUCUUCAUUUUGAAGACAUUUGACUCAUUGUGAAUACCACUGAUCUAGGGAAUUUCUAAUAUCCGACCAUUCCACUUACCACGGACUAAUUGCUCGUUGAAGACUGAUUUUUCGUAAUAUUUCAGAAUAGUGUGUUGAAGCUACUGGGCUGAACCUUUUCAUGGUUCAGUAAGAAACAAUACUGAACAAAAAGCAUCACGACAUUGACGCAUAUGUGAUCUGUCACACAAUCCCCACUGAAUAUAUAUAUAUAUAUAUAUAUAUAUAUAUAUAUAUAUAUAUAUAUAUAUAUAUAUAUAUAUAUAUAUAUAUAUAUAUAUAUAUAUAUAUAUAUAUAUAUAUAUAUAUAUAUAUAUAUAUAUAUAUAUUCAAUUAGGGCUAAAUGAACUAACCUGUAUAUUUGAGUAAAUUUGUAUCUGAGCGUAUGUUUAAGAACUUUCUGAAGAUGCGAAUUUGUCUAGUCUCGUAAAUCAAACAACCAAGCACCACCAACUUCUCCUACAGUGUGAGGCGAAUUUUAAGCCAGCCAAGGCAGCGUAAGCUUUGAAACUGAACUAGCACAGGAGGCAAUUGAAGUGAAAUACUACCAUUAUAACCUCAUCCAAUAUUUUGUGUCGUCGGAAUUUAUCUCACUAUACUGUACAUAGAACUUGGAAAAACCAUCAAACAUCAAACUCGUAGAAACAACCCAAUGUUAGGACUGUUGAAAAUAGGAUGGUUUGAGUAUAGAUAGCCAAAAGAAAAAAAAACAAAGCUGUAAAUGUUCAUUCAGUUUCUGAACCAUUACUGAAGGUGGUAAUCUAUGCAUGUCAUGUUUUUUUUUCGACAGAAAGUUUAAAUAUCUGAGAGACUAUUUCCAACAAAUCCUGAAAAAAGUUGGGCAUAUUUCGUUGUUUCUAUUAGGGAGUAUUAUGAUACAUAUGAUGACCAUAUCAUCAGAGAUGCUUUCACGAUAUGCUAUUUUAGAUCGAUCCCUACCGAAGAAACUCAAAUAAAUAUUCAAAAGAUUUACUCGAAGAAUAGGCGGAAAAGAUAGGAACCAGCUCGGAAGCUCGUUAUGUUGUUGACAGAAAAAAUAAACUAGAAAGAAUUUGAUGAAUACAAAGAUAUGAACUGCAAGAAAUAGAAGACAUGUUCGAAAACAACCCAA